AUGUCAUAAUUAAGUGCUUAUAAUCUGUAAAUAUAUUUUUCAUAAUAAGUCUUGAAGGUUUUACAAAAUAGAAUGAAGUUGAAUUACUAUCAUAUAGUGUGAAUUUUUUGAGGGAUGUAAAUAUAUUUGAAAUAGAUCUUGAAUAAUCAAAAUUUAAUGAAAAUGAUGUUCUUAAUAAUAAAUUUUUAUCUAAGCAUUUACACACUUGUAAUUCCUUCAUUUAGAUGAUGUAAAAAUAACAUGUAUAAACUGAGAUUGGUAUUAUUUAUAAUUAUUUAGCUACAAUGGGAGUUCCUUUUGCUCCAGAAUUAAACGAAAUUGAUUUUAAAAAUUAAGAUUAGGUAUAUAAAAAUAUAACAAAAAAUCUCAAAGAUUCUUUCACAAUCUUUGAAAUACAACAUAAUUCAUAUACCAUAUGCAUUAGUUUUUGUUAUGAAUUAGAUUCUUUUUGUUUUUCUUCUGGAAUAUAAACAAUUGUUUGUUAUGAUGAAAAUGAUAUUGUUUAAUAUAAGGAAAAUAAGCAUAAUAAAUUACGAAAAAUAGCUUCUUAAUUCUUUAGUCUGUUUAAUAAAAUGCCUUAUUAAUAAUAGCUUAAUUUUAUUGAAGAUUUAACAAAUAGAAGUUUGAUAGGUUGUUACAACAAUAAAAAAUAGAUUGAAUGGUUUGCAUUAGUAGAACAUUAUGCAGAAUAAAGAAUGGUUAAUCCAAAUACAGUUACCAAUUUUUUACAUCAUUAUAAAUUAGAAUCUGCUUAAAUUUAUCAAACUUAAUGCACAUAAAUUUAAUUAUAAAAACAUAUCUCAUAAAUAUACAAUUAAUUGAUUGAUUAAUUUAAUGAUUAUUAUAAAGGUAAAACUUUGUAUUUUUGGAAAGGAGACAUCUUUCUUGGAUGUUGUUUUAUUCCAUUCAGAUAAUAUACUAUUCUAAAUGAAUUAAGAUUAAUUCUUAACAAUAAAGAAAAGAAUCUUAAUAUAAAGGAACCUUAUUAAUAUCUCUCUAAAUUUAAUUUAAAUAAUUAAGAUAUAGAAUUCUAUAAAAAAUACACAGAAAUGAUGUUAGAAAAUUCAGUAAACAUUAAAAAUAUUAAUUAUGAAUUUUCUAAAUUAUCUAUUUUAGCAUUCAAUAGCAUUAGAAAAGGUUUAGAUUAUUUAUUAAAAAAACAAGAUUACUUGUUUCCACUUUCUUAGUGCAUGUAAUCUGCAAUUAUUGUUAUUAUUCCAAUAGGAAUUUCAGGUAUGGGAUAUGAAAAAUUAUGUUCCUUAAUUUAAAAAACUAGUUAAAGAGUAUAAAUAAUUAAAAUACCAGAUUAAAUUAAUGAGAAAAAUUAACUUUAUUUUAUUGAGAAAGUAUGCAAUCCAAAAGAAUUAGAAUAAUUAAAUAAAUAGAUAAAAUCAUUGCCAUUUAAUAUUAAAACAAUUUCUCUUUUGCCAGAAUGCAAUUUCUCAUAUGAGAUUAAAGAGUUAUAAUGUAGUUUUCCAUUUUCAUUUAAUUUUAUCAUGUAUUGUUUACUUUCUGUUUUUGAUAAUAAGAAUUAAGUAAAAGAGAUUAUAGAUUAACUAAAAGAAUUUUAAAAUUAGAAAUUAAAUAAUUUUCAAACAGAUUAUAAAAUUUAUUGUCGUUACAUUUCUGAAGAAAAAGAAAAAGAUGAUUUAUAUUGUGAAAUUGUUGAAUAAGAUUUUUAGGCAGCACUUAAAUCAUAAUAUGAUUAAUUAAUUGAUAGCCUUACUUAAUAUAGAGAAACUCUUAAAAACAUUUAAGAUAACCAUCUAAAAAAGGAAUCAAAGAGACUCAUUAUAUCUAUUGAAAAUAAAUCAUAAAUAAUUUUAAGAAAAAGUGUUUAAUUUUAGAUUGAAAACGAUUAGAAAUUAAAAUAUGGUUUAUUCAUUGAAAAACCAGAUUGGGAUGAAAUUGAUAAAUUUGUGAAAUCUAGUUUAGAAAUUAUAGUUUAAGAAUAUCCAAAUGAUUCAGGAAUUAAAAGGAUGUAUNAAUUGAUUGAUUAAUUUAAUGAUUAUUAUAAAGGUAAAACUUUGUAUUUUUGGAAAGGAGACAUCUUUCUUGGAUGUUGUUUUAUUCCAUUCAGAUAAUAUACUAUUCUAAAUGAAUUAAGAUUAAUUCUUAACAAUAAAGAAAAGAAUCUUAAUAUAAAGGAACCUUAUUAAUAUCUCUCUAAAUUUAAUUUAAAUAAUUAAGAUAUAGAAUUCUAUAAAAAAUACACAGAAAUGAUGUUAGAAAAUUCAGUAAACAUUAAAAAUAUUAAUUAUGAAUUUUCUAAAUUAUCUAUUUUAGCAUUCAAUAGCAUUAGAAAAGGUUUAGAUUAUUUAUUAAAAAAACAAGAUUACUUGUUUCCACUUUCUUAGUGCAUGUAAUCUGCAAUUAUUGUUAUUAUUCCAAUAGGAAUUUCAGGUAUGGGAUAUGAAAAAUUAUGUUCCUUAAUUUAAAAAACUAGUUAAAGAGUAUAAAUAAUUAAAAUACCAGAUUAAAUUAAUGAGAAAAAUUAACUUUAUUUUAUUGAGAAAGUAUGCAAUCCAAAAGAAUUAGAAUAAUUAAAUAAAUAGAUAAAAUCAUUGCCAUUUAAUAUUAAAACAAUUUCUCUUUUGCCAGAAUGCAAUUUCUCAUAUGAGAUUAAAGAGUUAUAAUGUAGUUUUCCAUUUUCAUUUAAUUUUAUCAUGUAUUGUUUACUUUCUGUUUUUGAUAAUAAGAAUUAAGUAAAAGAGAUUAUAGAUUAACUAAAAGAAUUUUAAAAUUAGAAAUUAAAUAAUUUUCAAACAGAUUAUAAAAUUUAUUGUCGUUACAUUUCUGAAGAAAAAGAAAAAGAUGAUUUAUAUUGUGAAAUUGUUGAAUAAGAUUUUUAGGCAGCACUUAAAUCAUAAUAUGAUUAAUUAAUUGAUAGCCUUACUUAAUAUAGAGAAACUCUUAAAAACAUUUAAGAUAACCAUCUAAAAAAGGAAUCAAAGAGACUCAUUAUAUCUAUUGAAAAUAAAUCAUAAAUAAUUUUAAGAAAAAGUGUUUAAUUUUAGAUUGAAAACGAUUAGAAAUUAAAAUAUGGUUUAUUCAUUGAAAAACCAGAUUGGGAUGAAAUUGAUAAAUUUGUGAAAUCUAGUUUAGAAAUUAUAGUUUAAGAAUAUCCAAAUGAUUCAGGAAUUAAAAGGAUGUAUGAUUAGUAUGAAAUUUAAUUCAAAAUUUAAAAUGCUGUAUUUAUGAGAAUAAGUCAGCCUUAUUUAUAAGCUAAAUAAUUAUAAGAGAAAGCAAUAGAUACAAAAGUUUCAAUUAUAGUAAUCAUUGUAGAUGGAAUUAUUAUGUUGUAACCAUAAGAAUUAGGAUUAGAUUUAGUAUAAGAUAUUCCAAUAUAUUCUCAUAAUAUUGAUAGUCUAAAAAGUAAUAAACUUUCAGAGUAAUUAAGAAUAGAUGUUAGAAAAAUGUAGAAAUAAAAUAUUGCAGAUAAAACAAUUAAAAAAAAAUAAGUUAAUUUCAAUAGUAAAAAUUGGGAUGCUUUUAUUGUCAAAUUAACACCAAUUAAUAUAAGAUUAAUAGGAAAACAAAUAAAUUGA